UGUAGCCAGAAUCACGUUGUAUUUUGAGGUCGCGAGUUUACAUUAACGGAGAACAAAAGGAAACCCACGACCUCCUCCGCGGCCGUGGGUGUUCAUGAAGCAUAUCUCUGAAACACUACCGUUAACAUUGCCCCACGGCCCGUUUCCCCAACACUCCUCCGGGGGAAGCACGGGACCUACGUGCUCAGCGGGAUUGGUCCAUCGCACCGUGGGUAUCAGUCCGCUAGCUAGCGGUCGUAGUACAGACCCGAAGUCCGGAGAAGAACCCUCACUUCGCCCUAACGCGUCAAGGCACCAAUUCCCCCCCUAGGCCCCCGUCUGAUGGAGCAGUGGUUGUCAGUGAAGAGGCACCAUGUUUCCCUGUCAUGUGACCUCCUGGCCCACUGCUGAACCGCCAGCCUCCUGUGGUCAUGCACCCCCAGCACAGCCCUCACAACUCCUGCCUGAUCUGCUGUGCAGCUGUGCCGCUCCACCUUUGAACGCCCACUCUGAGACGCCGUCCCCAGACCCCAUGGAGUCCCUUAUCGUGGUCACGGAGUACGAACCCAGCAGGCCACCUGGAGACGCUGGGCAGGAGGAGGUCGAAGAAAUGGACAGUUCUGAGAUGCCCGAGCCAGCUUCCUCUAUGGUGGCAGCUUUCCGGACUCCCUCCUGCGACCUGCUGUCCCACACAGUUGGCCGGUCAGAGGCUCUGCUCCCCGAAAGAGGAAGAUUAAACAUGUCAGACCGGAAACUAUCUCUGCAGGAGCGCUCGCAAUCUGCAACAUCCCCUUGCAGCUCUCCGGGUCUCAACGGGCGUUACAUCUACCCGUCAUUACCCUACUCGCCCAUCACAUCGCCCCAUUCCUCUCCACGCUUGCCCCGCCGGCCCACUGUGGAGUCCCACAGUGUUUCCAUCACAGACCUCCAGGAUUGCGUUCAACUCAACCAGUACAAGCUGAAAGAUGAGAUUGGAAAGGGCUCCUAUGGUGUUGUCAAGCUGGCUUACAACGAGGAUGACAACACAUACUAUGCAAUGAAGAUGUUGUCCAAGAAGAGGCUGAUGAGGCAGGCAGGUUUCCCACGGAGACCUCCCCCUCGUGGAGCCAAGGCAGCCCCUGAGGGCCCCCCUCAGCCCAAAGGCCCCCUGGAGCGGGUCUAUCAAGAGAUUGCCAUCCUGAAAAAGCUGGAUCAUUCUAAUGUGGUGAAGCUAGUAGAGGUUUUGGAUGACCCCAGUGAGGACCAUCUGUACAUGGUAUUUGAGCUGGUCAAGCAAGGUGCUGUGAUGGAGGUGCCGUCAGAUAAACCUUUUAGUGAGGACCAGUCACGCUUCUACUUCCAAGAUCUGCUCCGGGGAAUCGAGUAUUUACAUUACCAGAGGAUCAUCCACAGAGACGUCAAACCGUCCAACCUGUUAGUGGGAGAAGACGGACACAUCAAGAUAGCAGACUUCGGAGUCAGUAACCAGUUUGAGGGGGCUGAUGCUCUCCUGACCAGCACAGUGGGAACGCCUGCUUUCCUCGCCCCUGAAGCGCUCUCUGAGACCAGAAAGAACUUCUCUGGAAAGGCAUUGGAUGUGUGGGCCAUGGGGGUGACACUUUACUGCUUCGUCUUUGGAGUGUGUCCAUUUAUGGACGAGCGCAUCCUUAGUCUUCAUCAAAAGAUCAAGACGCAACCUGUGGAGUUACCUGAGCGUGCUGACAUCUCAGAUGAUCUCAAAGAUUUGUUGCUGAAAAUGCUGGACAAGAAUCCAGAGACCAGAAUAUCAAUCCCACAGAUUAAGGUGCACCCAUGGGUGACGAGGCACGGUGCUGAGCCUCUUCCUCCUGAGGAUGACAACUGUUGUACGCUAAUUGAGGUGACCGAAGAGGAGGUGGAGAAUUCUGUUAAACACAUCCCCAGCCUGGCUACAGUGAUCAUGGUGAGAACGAUGCUGAGGAAGCGCUCCUUCGGGAACCCCUUCGAUUGGGGUCGUAAAGAGGGGCAAACGCUGAGGAAAGGCAGAGCAGGCAAAGUGAGGUACUGCUACAUUCAUUGUAACCAAAGAAGGAAACAGGAGAGCGGUGAUGGCAUGAGGAGUGUGGACCUGCCCUACGUGGGAGAAGACGAGGCUCUUUCCUGAUGCAGAGGGUUCAUAAUGCACGCUGGUAUCUGCCCGCCUGUAACCACACAGCACAACACCCCCUUUACUCACAGUUUUUAUACUGGCGGCCUACACCUGUGUACAUUCCCUGGGACGUGGACAAGAGUGACGGACGCAGAAAAGAAAGAGAAAUGAAGAUCAGAAAGCAACAAUUUGAUUUAUUUUUCUCUUCUGAGGCUCAGUUGGGGGUUGUGGGACUUGUGACUGUCCCAUGGGAACUUUCCAUAAGAGAAUCCUCCUGAACAUUGAACCUGCCUUCAGCUCUUAUUGCCCAACCCACUCCUCUCAUCCUGCAUGCAUUUAUUGUCAUCGCAUGCUUCGUCUCAGGCUUCAUUUGUACAGCUUUGUGUUUUAUUGUCGUUAGCCACUUGUGUUUCUCCUUGUCUUGUCUUGACACUUCUUUCAGGUACACAGGGCGUGGCAACAGGCGAUGGGGGUGGUUAAUGGGGAGGGGUGGUUGUCUUGACCAUCAGCUCCACAUUCUCUUUCGUAGAGCAGGUUUAUUGACAAUGAUUGUCUGGUUCACUCUGCUUUGAAGUAGCAGUGCCCAGUUUUGUAACAUAUUUUAGGGUGAAGAAUCUGUACAGUUUUCCCAAAAAUGAAAAAAAGGGGGAGUGAAGAAAUGUUUACUUCAGUGAAUGCAUGUGUUUACGUUCCCAAUGCAAAGACUCUAUAAGCUAUUUCUAAACAUGCGCACCGACACAGUUGUUUGAUGCAAUUUGUUUCCCGUAUUAUGAAAGCUCCCAUUUACUGCAAUCAAUAGAACGCAUAAGAAACUGGUGACGUAGUGCUUUGUGAACAGUCACAUGCAUCAUCACUGCAUUCAAGAUAGCAAAGAGAGGCGGGAUUGUCUUCUUUUGCAAAGCUAGUGCUUCUCGUAAUUUUUUUUCAAAGGAAUAUUGAUCGGAUUUUUAGGUGUUUGCUUUAUAAUUUUUUUAAUUCAUAGAGCUACAACUAUAAUCGUAAUGAACUACCAAAUGCAUAUGAGAAAAACAGAAGUUCGCUUCUCUCCCAAUUAUUCGGACAGGUUGUGUGUUGUAAUUCUGAGGAACAGAGUUUUAACUGUGUCAUUUAUUUCUUUCACUAAUUUAUUUCUUUCACCUCUCAAAGUGGAUGUUUGUAUGUAGACUGAAAAAAAAAAUGAUUGAACCUCAAGUUACAAUUUUUUGAAUGUUCUGUUUUGUAGUGUAAUACUUUCCUGUGUUAUUUUAAAAGCACACAUUUUCAGGGCACCAAAAACAUGAAUUAUUUCUAAUUAUUUGAAAGUGUAGAACAGUACCUUAAAGAAAAACCAACCGUAAACUAUUUGUUCUUUAUUGAACUAUGAGAGCUGGCGACUGAAGUCAGUUUUGAGAUGGAAGCAUAGUGCCGCUGCAGACCUUAUGUACAAAUCUAUGCAUGCCAUAUCUGUAGAGGUGUUGACCUUAGAAAGUCUUCUUUGAAGGGAGGAGAAGGCCACGGAUAUUUAAAAUUAAUUUCAAGUACUUGUCUGUGUAUUGAUGUGUUUCACUUUAGAUGAUCCCAAAGCAGCUCAUUUGCAUUUUCCACUUUUCUUUCCUUUUGUUGAUCUUAUGUUUUCAGUAUAAGUAUAGAUAAAAGGCAUUUGAUGAGUCUCCAACAAAGACUAUUGACACAAUAUGAAUUAUAACAUGUAUUGCUUCCACACACUAAUUAUGUCAGCACUAAUGUGUUUUAAUGUAUGAGAAAGGGACUUUUUUAACUUACUACUUGCAUGUCACUCUGAAGUGUCUGUUUUCUAAGACCAGUACUAUGCAUAUAAUGUGUCUCUGUAUGGCACAGUGCCAUGUACAGUGGCUAGAAGAGGAGGGCAUAUGUGGUUCACUGAUUCUAAUUUUGUUUUGUUUUUUUGCUUACCCAAAGUGUUUAACAGAAUGAUGUAAUUAAGUUGUACUCCUUAUUGUGGAGUGUCGCCAAUAGAGACGCACACUCUGGCUUUACAUUUCCAUACAAUUAUUGUACUGUACUUCUAAAUUAUAUAACUCGAUGAUGAUAGCCAACGAUCUUUUAUUGCCCAUUAUUUAGCCCGAGAAUUAAUUGCAAAAAUGACUCAGUUUGUGUUAUUCUGUGAAAUGUUACCUCAUUUGCUUUCCACACAUUUAUGAGAGAUUUUACAUUCGGUCAUACUGUAAGUCUCUUUUGUCCUCGAAGAUAAAGUUUUAACCUCGAGGAGAACCACGGAGGUACUUCCCCUUUGGUGUGAAUAUUUUGACCUUAACGACCAACAAGAAUCAACCGACGGACAGUUUGAGUCUGACUGCAUGGUGACAGUGCAAGCCACAGAAAAGAUGUGAGAUUAAUAUUUUAUACAUACAAUAUUUAAUCUUGUAGUUAGUUUCAAUACAGUCUUUGCCUAUGAUUGUCAUAAGGGCCUGGCUAAGUGGUGAACCUUUAUUGCUCUCAUGGUUUUGUAUUCAGCAGUGUAAAUGUAUUUAAUUAAGAGCUUCGGGGUGUCUUUCCCCUGAAAUGCAUGCCCACAUACUGAUAUUGUCACAGCAUGAGACAAAACGGGACCUUUCAAUUAAUCAUUCUAUACAUACUGUAUCUACAUCUUUGAAUAAAAUAUUAUUGCCUUUC